AUGAGUGUAAAUAGUUGUGAACAGAUGAAUGAAAAUAUCAAUAAAUUAAUUGAUAUGAAUGAUGCGAAUAUGAACUACAAUAAUACAAAUAAUAUAAAUAAUAAUAUAAAUGGGAAUAUAAAUAUGAUGAAUGAAAAUAAUAAUAAUACAAUAAAUAAUAUUGAUAAUGACAUGACAAAUAAUAAUUUCACUGUGAAUUCUAAUAAUAAUAAUAAUAAUAUGGAUAGUAUUAAUAUUACAUAUAAUAAUAAUCAAAAUUUAGGGUAUAAUAAAGAUUUAGAUACAAUUAACACAAAAAAGAGAAUUAUGAAUACUAAUAGGUCCAUUAAAAAUACGUAUCAUAAUAAUAAUUAUAAUAAAAGUAAUCAUCAGAAUUUUAGUAUAAAUAAAAACAAUAAGAACAAUAAAAAUUUUAGAAAUAAGAAUAAUCAAUAUAAUAAGAAUAAUAUGAAGCAAAAUAAAGGAAAUAUGAUGAACAUGAAUAUGAAUAUUAUUGAUAAUAAUAUGAUGGGAAACAAUCAAGAAAAUAUAAAUAAUAUAUAUAAUUCUGGUGAUAAUAUAAAUGUAGAACAUUCUUAUAAUGUUAAUAAUAAUGAUAUAUCAAAUAAUAUGUAUUAUGAAGAAAAUGAAAAUUCAGAUGGUUAUUCAUCAAUGAGUAAUAAUCCAAAUUUGAUAAAUAAAGUAGCAAAUAAUAGAAACGUAUAUGAAAAUUUGAGACUAAUAAAUAAUACAAAUAAUGGUAAUAAUAAUAUGAAUAAUAUAUAUAAUAAUUCAAAUAAUGAAGAUAAUAAUGAAAAUAAUAUUUAUAAUAAUAAUAUAAAAUCUGUAUAUUCAAAUGAUGAUAUGGAUACAUCUAAUGAUAAUAUUAACAUUGUAGAAAAUGAGGAUCUUAAUAUAAAUAGUGGUAUGGGAAAGUUGAAUGUGAAUAGAAAUAUGAACACACAUAAUAAUAAUAUUAAUAUUAAGAAAAGAAGAAUAGGUAAAUAUGAAAAUAAUGCAUUUUAUAAUAAAAAUAAAGUAAAGAAAAAUUUUCAUAAUAACUUAUUUAAUGAUUCAUUAAAAAGAUAUAAUAAUAAUUCCAUAAAUUUAAAAGAAAACAAUAAUAAAAAAAACGACAACUUAUUAGAUUUUCAUAAUAAUGAAACGGAUCAAUUAGAUCAACAACAAGAACAAAAAGAAAAUAUUAAUGAAGAACUUAAUAUAAAUGAAGAUAAUAGUAAUAUUAAUAAAAAUAUGACCUUUGUAAAAAAAGACAACUAUAAUAAAAUAGGGAAAUAUAAUAACAGAAAUAGUUAUUUAAACAACAACAACAAUAAUAAUAAUAAUAAUAAUAACAAUAAACCAUUUAAUAAUAUGACAUUUUCAUUAAAUAAAUAUCUUAAUCCUUAUGUAAAUUAUAAUAAAACAAAUAUUAAUAGUAGAAAUAUAAAUUCAACGUAUCAUGUGGCAAAUAAAAAUAAACUAUUAAAUAAAAAUAGAAACAUGAAGAACAACUCAAAUGCCUAUAAUAAUAAUAAUAAUAAUAAUAAUACAUUUUAUAAUUCGACAUAUAAAAAUGCCAGUGAAACAAACUAUUCAAAUAAUAAUUCUAGAGAUGAUUAUUCAAGAAAUAAUUUAAAUAAUAUCAAUUUUAUUACACAAAAUUUUAACAUGAAAUUAUUAAGUGAUUACACAAAACAUACACAAAAUAAUCAAAAUAAUUUAGCAGGAGAUACCCAUGUAAAUAUAAAUUCCAAUUUUAAAAAUGCUAGACCAAAUAACAGAAAUCAAUUUUAUAAUAAUCAAAAUUAUAUUGAAUGUUUAAGUGAAGUAUCUGAGAUAAGUGACGAAGAAACUAAUGAUAUAAGUAAUGAUGAUAAUAUGAUACAAAAUCAAAAUAUAGAUAAUGAUCAAUAUAAUAAUAAGUGGAAUACUUUAAAAAAUAAUCAAGGAUUUAAAUCACUUCCACAUUCAGAAAAUACAUUAUAUCCAAAUAAAAUCACUGAUAAUAAUUUAGAACUAAUAAAUGGUUUAUAUAAGCUGGCCAAUUUUAAUAGAAACCUGAAAAAUGAAAAUCAAGAUAUCUAUUCACAAGGUAAAGUAUUAAAUAAUAAUCAGUCCUCAAAUAAUAAUAAUAAUAUAAUGAAUAAUAUCAAUAGUGAUAUUUAUUCUAAUGAUAAUAAUUUUAAUUAUAAUAAUUAUACAUCAAAUAUCCUGGAACACAAAAAUGAAGUUCAAGAUAAGCUACAUAAUGAUUAUGGUGAAGAAGAAGAAGACGAAAAUAAUAUGGAUAUGAAAAACAAUAAUAUAUUAAAUUUUAUUAAACCAGAUGAUAUGUAUAUUAAUUCAUAUAUUCCAUACCCUCCUGAAAAAUAUAAUAACAUAUAUGAUUUACAUGAAAUCAAAAUAUUAUCUCCACAUAUUUUAAAAACUCAGUUUCAAAAAGAAGGAAGUAAAGGAUAUCAUUCUUCUUUGAAAGACGGAAAAUUAAUUUUAUUAUUAGAUUUAGAUAAUACUUUAUUACAGGCUACAUCCUUUGCCAAAUUUAAUAUGGAAUUGCCCUUAGAAAAUUUUGUAGAUGAUAAUGGAGAAGCUGAAUUAUAUAAAUUUUAUUUACCACAAUAUAAUUUUUUCUAUUAUUUAAAGUUUAGACCAUAUGUAAGACAAUUCUUACAAAUUUUAUCCUUAUAUUAUGAACUAGCUAUAUAUACCAAUGCAACUAGAGAAUAUGCUGAUGUUGUUAUAGCUAUAUUAGAUCCAGAUAGAACUAUUUUUUCUGAUAGAAUUGUUGCAAGAUGUAGUUCAACAGAUAGAGAUGAAAAUAAAUAUUUUUCUCGAAUAUAUCCCAAUGUACAUCCUAAAUAUGUUAUAGCAUUUGAUGAUAGAAAGGAUGUUUGGAUAGAUAUUCCACAAUCUCAUAUAUUGAAAGCUGAACAUUAUAAUUUUUUCGAAUUAAGUAAGUAUGAUAUAAUUUCUCAUUUCAAGGAGGCAACUACAGCUAGGAAAAAGUUUGUAGAUAUGGAUAUGCAUUUGCAUUAUAUGAUUAAAUUUUUUCUUAAGUUGCAUAAAAAUUUUUUUGAAAAUCCAUUAGAAACAGAUGUAGGAAAAUUAAUAGAUAAAAUGAUGAGUAGUACCUUAAGUAAUGUAGGAGUUUAUUUUACAGGAUUUAGAAAAAAUUCAAAGAAUAUACAAAAUGUAUUAUCAGCAGAUUGUGAAGAAAGACAAAAAGAAAUUGCCUUAGAAUUAGGUGCUACUAUAUUUAAUAAUUAUGAUGAACCAGGAGUUACUCAUAUAAUUGCUGCAAAAAAUUGUACGGAUAAUUUAAUAAAAUCAAAAAAAUCAGAUUAUGAUCAUAUUCAUAAAGUUCAUACUUUAUGGCUUUAUCAUUGUAGAGGAACUUUAGAAAUGAGACUUUCUUCUAAUUUUGAUGCUGAUAAUUUAUGUAAAAUAUAUAGUAAUAAACCUCCUUUACAUCCAAAAAAAGAUCAUUGGUUUUUUGGACCUAAAGAAGAUUUUAAAAAACAAGAAGAUAAUAAAGAUUGUGUUAAAAUAGAAAAUUUAAAAGUUAAAACUUUUCUAGGAACAGGUGAAUAUACCAAUGAUGCAGUUAUUUUCUCUCCAUUUGAACAAAUCAAUAUAAAAUGGAUAGAAAAGGAAGUUACAUUAAGACAAAAUUUUGAUACCUCUUAUAAUGCUAUGGCACAAAAUACACAGAAAGAAGAAAACAAAAACCAAAUUAAUGAUGAUAAUGAUGACGAAAAUAAUUCUUAUACAAAUAUAGAAGACAUUAGUGGGAAAAUACCUACCAUCUAA